AUGCUUUUCAAGGCCCUGAAGCAACACUUGUCCAGAUAUCAAUAUUCAAGAAAAGAUUGUCAACUUUGACUCAAGUCUCCAUGAACGAUUGGGAAAAGUGGCUGCAAAGGAUCUCGACUUUCCUGAUUAAUUUUGACCCGCUGCAAGCUCAGUUUAAUAAGAAAUCCUUCUGUGGGCUGUGCUUCAAAUAUGCUCACUAUUCUUUUGAGCUGGGAGUCAACUACCCAGAAUUUGCGAAUCGCGCUUUCUGUUCUCUUUUGAAUGCUUAUCAUAGGAUUGGGCUAUAUGGGAAGGUUACACCAAUUCAUACAGCUUUGUGUAAGCUUGCAUUGAAAACUAAGCUACUCUAAUUUUAUUUUUGUUUUGGAAGAGUUAAUUUUGAUGCCUUUAUUUUAGUAUUAUUGCAGUAAUUUGGAAUUUUUACGCUUAUAAAUAGAAAUAACAAAAAUUUUAAAAUUCUUUGUUUUCUUCAUUUUCCUUAAUUGCAAAUCUUAAUGAACAAAGUUAUAAUUUAGUAUUUUUUUCGACAAAGAUAUGACUAAAUAAGGAUAAAAUUAUGUUCUAUAUAAACUGGGAAGAGCAAGCAAAAUUUCAGCUGUUCGAAGCAUCAUUGAAGAACAUUAUCUAA